GUGUCAUUUUUUCGCUUCCCUCUCCUUCGAACUCUCGAGAGGAGAAAAGUAAAAGAAGAAACACAAAACACAAACACAAAUACAAGAAUGAACAACAACAAAUGAAUGAACAAAUGAAUGAACGUUGCUAUGCAUUUGGAAAAAAAUCCAUGAUAUGUAUCACAGUGUCGGUGCACGGCGCCUAUUAUACCGUUCUCAAAUAUCUUACUACGUUAAAGCUGGUCUCAUUGACACUGCAAUCCAAGUGUUCGACGAAAUGUCUCAAUCAAAUUGUCGUCCUUUCAGCAUCGAUUACAAUCGUUUCAUCGGCGUUCUCCUCCGUAACUCUCAUCUCGACCUUGCCCAUAACUACUACCACCGCCACGUCAUCCCCAAUGGUUUCUCUCUCACACCUUUCACUUACUCACGUUUCAUUUCCGCUCUUUGUUCCGUCAAAAACUUCUCUUUGAUCGAGUCUCUGCUUCGUGAUAUGGAUGCUCUUGGCUAUGUUCCUGAUAUUUGGGCUUUCAAUAUUUAUCUCAACGUUCUCUGCCGCGAAAAUCGGUUAGAAGCGGCUCUUGAGUUUUUUCGCACAAUGCCUUUGAAGGGAAGAGAGCCUGAUGUUGUUAGUUAUACUAUUAUCAUUGAUGCAUUGUGUAAAGCGAAAAGGUUUGACGAGGUUGCUCGUGUUUGGCGUGGUUUGAUUGGGUCUGGGUUGAAGCCUGAUGUAAAGGCUUGUGGUGCAGUUGUUGUUGGGUUGUGUAGUGCUGGUAAAGUUGAUUUGAGUUAUGAGCUUGUUAUUGAUGUGAUCAAUGGCGGGGUUAAGGUUAAUUGUUUGGUUUAUAAUGCUUUGAUUAGUGGGUUUUGUAAGAUGGGUAGGAAUGGGAUUAAAAAGGCGAUGGUGAUUAAGGGGUUUAUGAGUAAGAAUGGGUGUGUGCCGGAUUUGGUUACUUAUAAUAUUUUGUUGAAUUAUUCUUGUGAUGAGAUUAUGCUUGAUGAGGCUGUGAAGUUGGUGGAGACGAUGGAGAGGAGUGGUGUGGAGCCUGAUUUGUAUAGUUAUAAUCAGUUGCUCAAGGGUUUUUGUAAGGCUAAUCAGGUGGAUAGGGCUUAUUUGACUAUGGUCAAGAAGAUGCAGAGUAAAGGGUUAUGCGAUGUUGUUUCUUACAAUACUAUUAUUUCGGCUUUUUGUAAGGCGCGGAACACCGAGCGAGCUUACAAAUUGUUUGAGGAAAUGCAUAGGAAAGGGAUUCAACCGGACGUGAUAACGUUCACUGUACUCAUAGAAGCGUUUUUUAGGGAAGAUGGUUCUGGUACUGAUGUUGCCAAGAAGCUUCUUGAUCAAAUGACAGCGAUGGGGAUUGUUCCUGACGUAAUAUUCUAUACCACAAUAUUUGAUCAUCUGUGCAAGUCCGGGAAUAUGGAUAGGGCUGUUGGUGUUUUUUGUGACAUGGUGGAGAAUGGAGUAAGUCCAGAUGUGGUCUCAUACAAUGCACUCAUAAAUGGGUUUUGCAAGGCUUCUAGAGUUAUGGAUGCUAUGCGUCUAUAUGAAGAAAUGCAGGUUAAAGGAUUAUUUCCGGAUGAGGUCACUUUCAAGUUGAUAGUUGGAGGGCUCAUUAAGGGAAACAAAAUUUCAGAGGCAUGUAGGGUCUGGGAUCAGAUGAUGGAAAAAGGCUUUACACUUGACAGACAUCUCUCUGAGAUUCUAGUCAAUGCCAUUCAGUCAAGAGAUGGCACAUGAGCAUUGUAUUGGUUUGCAUUGUGAUCCUCUUAACUUCAUCAUGCCUUUCUUUCAAAUGGCAGAGCUACUUAAACGAUUUUCUCUCUACACACUACAUGAAUAUGUAGCAAACUGGUGAAGUUACUUUAUUUCUGCAGGGAAUGGCACCUGCGAAUCAGUAUAACCAUUUCCAUGCUGCUCGUGGUUCAAUCCCGUGCCUUUGCAUUGGGUACAAGACACUUCUAAUUCACUGGCCAGCUGACAACUUCUGGUAGAGAAUCCAUAACAAGGACUGUCCUGUAAUGGUUUCUAGCUUCCAGUGGAAGUGGUGUGCAAGUUUUGUUUCAUAUUGUCAACAGACAUUCAGCUGGCGGAUUGAAUUUGCCAAUACAAUGUUCUCUUUGGCCAUUUUUAUACACGGGGAGCUAUUGGUCUGAAUCUCAGCCAGCACAAUUGAUAUCAGUAAUUAAUUGAUAUCAGUGUUUCUUUGGAAUAAGAGUGAUUCUGAAUACUAUGGCUCUGUUCUAUUUGAUUAAAUCGUUGAUGAGUGGCAGCUCAAUUAAGAUUGACUCAUCAAGUUUUGUGUGGAAGACACUUCGAUGAUAAAUAUUUUGUCAUUUGAUGGUUGCUUACUACUAAUCAAAGUACAGAUCCCUUUUUUGUAUAACAACCCAUAAUGUUAGUGAAUAGAUGUUUUGUUUCACCGGGACAAAGUCUAUGGUAUUUUACCAUACCAUCUGUGCAUUGAUGUGUUGCAGAGCAUAAGUUUGAACCAUGGAUGUAAUAUUCCUUGUAAACCUUGUGGGCUACAUCCAAGGUUUCACAUCUCAAGCAUUGUGGGAGCUUCGGUAACAGACUGGCGGCUUUACUAUAUGUGUUUAUCUAGACUCAACAGAGAAUUACAAAAAUGCAGGGUAGCCUUGUUAGGUUUCAAAGUUCAAUUUUAUUUUAUUUAUUGAAGGGAAAGUUCAAAUUUUUUAGAUUCAGGGAAAACUGUGAUGCUGACACAAGAUCCACAUAUUUGAAUUAGAAUAGGAGGAAUGUGUAUUUGUUGGACUACACUGUCGUAAAUUCGGACUUGUCUGACAUAUAUUAGGAUUAUUUUCAGUGAAUGUUGAUGCUUCUGUCUCUACCUGCAGGACGGAACAUCAAGCUUGUCUAAUGAAAUGUUACCCUAAUCAUUCAUUACUUUACAGAUGUAUGUUUCUUCUUUUACUUCAGCUCAUUCUUUUGUUAUAGAAAAAUAAUUUUCAA